AUGAAUCGAGUUAUCAAAUUAUACGAACUUGCUCCAUCACCGACAUCAACUCGAUAUUAUUCGCCAACAACAUGGAAAACUCGCAUGAGUUUAUUGCAUAAAAAUGUCGAUUUUGAAACAGUACCGAUCAAUUUUUUAGAUAUACGUGGUGAUCUUGUCAUUCGUUCAGGACAGGCGAACAUUACUGUACCAGCAAUCGAACUACCUGAUGGUACAUUUAUCUACGAUUCAUUUCGUAUAGCUGAAUGGUUAGAAGAUAAUUAUCCUGAUGAAUCCUCUCUUUUCACAGGUGAUGGUAAACCAUCACGUGAUGCACAUUCUGAACAUGUAGCCACGGGUAAAAAUUAUGCUCGUCUGAUUGAUUUAGGUUUAGGUGCAUCGAAAUCAGAAUGGGCUGUCUGGUAUGAUCUAUUCUUUCCUCAACUUGAUCAACAAAUCAUUGGUGAAGAACAACGAAUUUAUUUCACAUCUGACUCACGGCUCGGUCCACACGGGUAUCAAAAACUACUUGCACUUGAUCGCCAAGAGCUGACGCGACGUGCUAAAAUGAAUGUACAACCUCUCCUAGAAUUUCUACGUGAACAUCCAAAUCAGUAUUUUCAGGGAACACAUCCAGGUCAAGUGGAUUAUAUCAUUUUUGGUCGUUACGCCUAUUGUCGUAUGCUUGAUCCAGUACUUACAAACGAGAUCUGGAAUGAACAAGGAGAAGAACUAAGCAAUUGGAUUAGGAGAUUAUCUCAAGCAUACAAUGGUCAUGCUCAACAUCUUUUUGAUAGUUUCUGA